CUCCGGCGCGCGCUGAUGCGGCUGCGCGGUGCGGCGUUGCUGCUGUUGGAAAGUUUUUAUCACUCUUUACGUUUUGGCGAGGAUAUCACUCGAUAAUGUCACAUCCCGCGACAGACGGACUGUUUCGGAAAUGUAAAUGGUGACAGGGAGAAGGAGCAGAGGGGAACAUGGCUGUUGCAGUCUCUCAUCAUCACCGAGCCUCCGCGCCGCGCGUCUGUGGUCAGUUUGUACCGAAGCUAAAUGGAGUUUCAGCCCUUGGACACUGCGUACUGGCCUAGCCAAUAAUCACAACUCCCCAAGAGAGACUGGCUAACAUGAUGCCCCCACUUUAACAAGAGGAUAAUUCUCAUAUCUGAAUUGGAUUUAUCGGUCACCACCAUCACCAUGUCUGACCAAAACUACUAUUGGACCGUGUUGCCGAGCUACAAAACUAGUUUUGUGACUGGGGCCAUGAUGAAAAGAUCAAAAGGUUCUCGUAACAACAAGAGAAGGAGUUUGGCAGUUGGGACCCCGUCACCCACACUCUCACGACCUCUAUCACCUCUCCCACUUGCCACAGCUGGCAGCAGCCCUUCAGAAAGCCCCAGAAAUGUCUCUGCCAGCACGUCAGCCAACUUCCAGUUCGCCCGCAGCCAACUGGCCCGCACUGAAAGAGCGGACGGGCGAAGGUGGUCUGUGGCGUCAGUUCCCUCGUCUGGAUACUGCACCAAUGCACCCAGCUCAUCAGUAUCUUCCUCUUCUUCCCAGGAGUUAUUGCACCAGUUGCCCUUCCAGCCCACGCAAGAUGAUCUCCACUUCCUGUUCAAACAUUUCCGAAGCACAGAGAGUGUGGCGGAUGAAGAAGGAGCACACGCCUCACCCCCUGUCAGACUCCGCUCACGCAGUCUCAGCCCUGGACGGACCUGUGGAACAUUUGACAAUGAAAUUGUCAUGAUGAAUCAUGUCUACAAAGAACGCUUUCCUAAGGCGACAGCCCAGAUGGAGGGUCGGCUGCUCGACAUCAUUGCAGAGCUCUCCCCAGGCACUUCUCUGCCCCUGGCUGAUGGUGUGCUGGGAUUCAUUCAGCACCAGCUGGUGGAGCUCGCCAGAGACUGCCUGGACAAGUCCCAGAAAGGCCUGGUCACCUCCAGGUACUUUGUGGAGCUGCAGGAGAAACUGGAGAAGCUGCUGCAUGAGGCGUACGAGCGUUCAGAGAGCGAGGAGGUGACCAUCAUCACCAAACUGGUGAAGAAGAUUCUUAUCGUCAUCUCCAGGCCGGCCAGGCUCCUGGAGUGUCUGGAGUUUGAUCCAGAGGAGUUUUACCAACGUUUGGAGGUGGCAGAGGGUCAAGCCAAAGUCGGCCAGGGCAUCAAGACUGAUAUUCCCAGAUACAUCAUCAGCCAGCUCGGCCUCACCAGGGAUCCCCUGGAAGAGAUGGUCCACCUGGAGCAGACGAGUCCGAGUCACAGAGCGGCCAGCAGAGAGUCUGAUGACACAGGAGAUGCAGCACCUAUACAGAGCCGAGCAGCCUGCACCCCUCCUCGUAGGAAACCACUGGAGAGCGACUUUGAGACUAUCAAGCUCAUUAGCAAUGGCGCCUAUGGGACUGUAUUUCUGGUGCGCCACAAGGAAACCCGUCAACGUUUUGCCAUGAAGAAGAUCAACCGACAGAACCUGAUGCUUAGAAACCAAAUCCAGCAGGUGUUUGUGGAGCGAGACAUCCUCACCUUUGCUGAAAACCCAUUUGUGGUUUCUAUGUUCUGCUCUUUUGAGACACGCAGGCACCUCUGCAUGGUCAUGGAGUAUGUGGAAGGGGGCGAUUGUGCCAACCUGUUGAAGAACAUCGGUCCUCUGCCUGUGGACAUGACUCGGCUGUAUUUUGCAGAGACUGUUCUGGCUUUAGAGUAUCUUCACAACUAUGGCAUCGUACACAGAGACCUCAAACCUGACAAUUUGUUAAUCACCUCCAUGGGACACAUAAAGCUGACAGACUUUGGGCUGUCAAAGAUUGGUCUAAUGAACAUGACCACCAACUUAUAUGAAGGACAUAUUGAAAAGGAUACCAGAGAGUUCAUCGACAAACAGGUGUGUGGGACUCCAGAGUACAUUGCUCCAGAGGUGAUCCUGAGGCAGGGAUAUGGGAAGCCAGUAGACUGGUGGGCUAUGGGCAUCAUCCUGUAUGAGUUCUUAGUGGGCUGUGUGCCUUUCUUUGGGGACACACCAGAACAACUCUUCGGUCAGGUGGUCAACGAUGACAUCAUCUGGCCAGACGGGGAGGACGCUCUGCCAGCUGAUGCCCAGGAUCUUAUCACCAGACUCCUGAGACAGAGCCCUCUGGAGCGUCUGGGAACAGGUGGAACCACUGAGGUAAAGAUGCACAUGUUCUUCCUGGGUCUGGACUGGAACGGCCUCCUGAGACAGAAAGCAGAAUUCAUACCUCAACUAGAGACUGAAGAGGACACCAGUUACUUUGACACCCGAUCGGAGCGCUACUGCCACCUGGACUCAGAUGAUGAUGAUGAAACAAACGAUGAUGAAUCAUCUCUGGAACUCCGACAGUUUUCCUCUGUGGCUCACCGCUUUAGCAAGGUGUACAGCAGCACAGAGCACCUGUCCACCUCCACACCAUCCAACCAGAGCCUGUCAUCGUCAGAGCGAAGCCACAGUGAGGAGAAGGAGGAGCGAUGGGAGGGCAGGGGAGUCCUCUCCCCUGGCGAUGGACACAAAAACUUGGCUGGUGGAGACAGGAGGGCAGAUGGACACAGAGGGAGCCUACGUCCUCGGGCUUCAUCCAGCUCGUCCCAGUCAGAGCGCAGCGCCAGCCCUCUGGUGAUGAACAGCACGCAGAGCCUCGACAUCAUGCCUCGCUUCGCCAUCUCCGCCGAGGAGGAAGACGGGAUGGUUUCCAACCUACGGCGAAUACGCCUCCGGAGCAACAGCACAGGCACCAGGCCGUCCUUCCGAAGAGGGGCAUCUCGGCGCAUCGCCCACCAGCUGGAGACCCCGGAGAAACCCAGAUCCCCAGCUGGAAAAGUCCCUAAGUCUGCCUCUGUCUCUGGCCUGUCCCUCAUCAUCACCCCAGAUGACUCAGCAGGUCCUCCUACGAGCCCCAAAUCGUCCUUGUCCCUGUCGUCCAACCCCUCUUCCAGAGACUCGUCCCCCAGCAGGGACCUCUCCGUCAGCAUCAGCUGUCUCAGGCCUCCUGUGGUCAUCCACAGCUCUGGGAAGAGGUUUGGCUUCGCAUUGCGAGCUAUCAGAGUCUACAUGGGGGACAGCGAUGUCUACACUGUCCACCACAUGGUCUGGUGUGUUGAGGAAGGCAGUCCAGCACACGAGGCAGGAUUGAGGGCUGGCGACCUCAUUACUCACGUCAACGGGGAGUCGGUGCAAGGACUCGUCCACACUGAGGUGGUGGAGCUCCUGCUCAAGAGUGGCAACAGGGUCACCCUGCAGACUACUGCACUGGAGAACACUUCUAUCAAGGUUGGCCCUGCCAGAAAAUCGAGCUACAAGGCCAAAAUGGCCCGGCGCAGCAAGAAGAGCAAGAGGAAGGACGGACAGGACAGCCGACGACGUAGCAUCUUGAAGAAGCUGUCUAAGCAUACACCUCCUCCGCCCAUGCAGAGCAGUCGUAGUUUCUCUUCAGGUUUCCACCAGUCAUCUAGCGACAGCCUCUCUGGCUCCCCCACGCAGAGCCUCUCUCCUGGGCCGUCUACGCCUUGUCGCUCUCCUGCUCCCGACCACUCCGGAGAUUCAAGUUCUUCUCCCUGCUCCAGCUCCCCUAACUCGCCUGUACCACAAGCCCGUCCCAGCUCCCUCCACGUCUUGGGUCGCUACACCAAAGCUGGCCGCUGCAAGUCCACCAGCAGUAUCCCUCCUUCACCGUUGGCCUGCAUCCCCCCUCCUCAGCCCCUCUCUCCCCAGUGCUCUCCAUCCUGCCUCCCCAAUCACCCCAAGACCCUACAGGGUUUCCACGGUAAGACAUUGUCCCCUCCCACUAUCACCCGCCAUUCUGUGCGUCCCCGCAGUGCAGAACCGCCGCGGUCGCCGCUCCUCAAGAGGGUCCAGUCUGCAGAGAAGCUUACAGGAGACAAGAUGACAGGAGGAUACCAUGCAGAUAGAAAAGCCUACAGCACCCGCCGCCACACCAUGGAGGUGCCUCUGUCUGAAGGGGAGGGGCUGGAGGACAUGGAGGGGGACACCGCCACCGGUUUCGUCUGUGUCGGCGAGCACGGCCGCCAGGGUCUGUACAUAGGAGGGCAGAGAGGCCACCAGGACACAGCCAGCGGAGGCAGCGAGCACUACCGCUCUACCGCCUCGCCACAACACCGCGGCAGCAACCACCACUCCUCCAAAGAGGUGGUGGUGAUGAGGAAACUGGCGCUGUCGGAGCGAAGGGACUCCUUCAAGAAACAGGAGGCAGUCCAGGAAGUGAGUUUUGAUGAUUUGGAGGAGAGAGAAUCGACGCCGAGCCCGACGCUUCCGGCCACACAGCCGAAAUCGUUCAAGGCGUCCUGGAUCAACUCGGCGCAGCCAGAAUCUGCUGUGAAGUUGGAAGGAAGAGGAUCACAGGGUACAACAACACCACAGAAAGCCAAGUCAAAAGACAAAGAGGGUUUUUAGUUUUGUCGCUUUGCCAGGGAGAACAGGUCGAAGAAGAGUCUCACUCAGGAGGAGACUGAAAAGUGAAGUCUUUGACCUGCUACUGUACUUGCAUUUGAAGGCCUUGCAUGUGUCCAGAAAACUGUGACCAAGUUUUAAAUCAUCACAAGCAACCGCUUGAAGACGGAAGAACACAUUAACAUCGAUGUUUCUCGGUAAUAUAUAUGCAUCCUGCAACACUGUUAACAGAAUAAUGACUGCCAAACUAUGUUUACUUCCUAGUUGCUUGUUCUCUCUCUUGGUUCUCAAAUCACUGUGGCGCCUGUAACUGAUAUAUUUUGUAAAUACUUUUGGUUUUAAAUGAAGAAACUUAUUUAUGACUUUUUAUGCUCAUCUUGUUUCGGUUGCUGAAAAUGCCUCAGAUGCUUCAGCUGUUCAUGAAUUGCACAAAAGAAAAGCCACGCAACAACUUCUCACUGGGGAUUUACAGCAAAGGUGCAAAGAAGGGUCGAUAUUGUACCUUUUAUUUUAUUUUUAUACCUCAAUGCCUGUCUAGAAGUGGGUGUUGUUUCAUGUUCAGAUUGGGUCUUUGAAAUAAACCUGAUUUCCACUGCAUGGUUCAGCUAGACGUCACUAAGCUCACCAUUGGUUCCAGGCCCUGUUUGAUAUUUCACUGAUGGCGGGAUAUUCAGCUGAACGCCAUAGCCAUGCUGCCAUUUCCAAAAAUCUGAGUCAAGUGAAUUUUAAAAAAAUGUGGUCGCUGUUUGGCUACCCAAUGGUGGGUUAGUACAUAACAUCUCAUGUUGCAUUUAUGACAGAGAAAAUGAUCAUUACCUCCAAUAUCGUGAGUCGUCACAAUUGCAAUAGCAGUCAAAAUAAUCACAAUUAGAUUUUUUUUCUCUCCAAAUCAUCCAGCUUUACUAUCCCUCCCUAUAAGAGGGAGCCAGUUAAGUAGAGCUGAGCCGUACUAUGCAGUGAAAAUGCAGCAUUUCAGUGUUUGUCCUGUGACGUAUAAUGUAUUAUAGAAUUUCAGAAGAUCUUCUGUGCUGCCUCUCUAUCAUACAGAUUGUUUUGGUGUCCAUUUGGACUCAUCGAUACCGAACACGGGCCUUGUAAAAAAAACACUUUUAAAAGGACAAAAAUAUCAACAUCUCAAUACUCAGAAGCCUAGCUGUGGUGCCAAAGCAUGGUUUAGCCAUAGGAACCAUUUAAAAAGAGGUACUGUAGUUGUACAUAAGAAGCUUCAUGCAUGCAUGGGCUCUACUUCCACUUCCUGUCUGUCCUGUAAAAAAAAAUAAAUAAAGGAAAAAGACGUACAUCACUCCUCUGGUGGUGGUAUAACCUGAUCAAUAUACAGGUGUGUAGAUAAACUUGUGAAUACCUUUGGAAGCUGUUGUCUCUGUCCUCAAAUACCUUGGUGAAUCAAGCCUCCGUCCAGUUCCCUACAUAACUAGUCUAGCUGAAGUGUUUGCACAAGUUGUCGUAGCCGUAUAACAGUUAGAGCACAUUUAUAUUUCAGGACUAUUUCCUUCUCCGUGAGAUUCAAUAAUUGUACAGUGGAUGCAACAAAACAAAACUGGUUCCCUUGGCUGUUUUUUUUUUUUUAAAUGCGUGUUAUGAAUGAAUGUUUACAUUUUAGUGCAAAUAUGUGUGUGGACUUGUUAAAUUAUUCUGGGAAAAAAAGAAGAGUGACAGGGAAGUUCAACCAGAGGCCCUGCGUGGAUGAAGGAAUGAGUCGAGGUGAUCUCCUUUUGUAUAUUUUGAUAUGGAAAAAGUCUUGUUGCAGUACUAAUAACCAAUGCUGUUGAUGUAUAUUGUAUAAACAAUGGUGGACCUUAUAACAGCUGUCGGUGGUGUCUUUUUGAAAGUGACCUUUGUAAGGGUAGAUGGACUUGGAUACAUUGUGUAAUGUCACUUAUAUGUGGCAACGUCUUAAUCUCACAUUGUGGUCAGCCUCAAAGGAUUGUGCAUGCUUCACAUCCCACUAUAAUAUUCCCACAACAUAUUUAAUUUUUUUAAACUCCUAUAAUCUCAACCAAACUGCAAAAGAAGGUUUUGUUAAGAGAUUUGAAAGUGUGAGGUUUUUUUUUUUUUUUUUUUUUAGCUCUUUAUUCAUUAUUUUCUAUUUUUGUUGUUUUCUAUUCUUUUUCAGGAACUGUUUGGAACAAAAACAGCUUCUGGUCUUAUUUCAGAUGGAUUUGUCCUGUAUUCCUGGGUUUUAUGACUGCAUUGAGGGAACUCUUAAUGUGGGAAUUUUAUAAUGGAUGUUUAGCACAUACCAAGUCUUCAAUGGGGGGUCAUAGAUUGUGGGGCUUCAAGUUAGAAGUUUGUAUGUUGUACUUUGGGGGUAAAAUUGUCUGUGUAGGAUUUAUCACUGAAUUUCUGAUGCAAUACACAUCUUGUUAAUUUCUUGGGAUUUCAUCUUUGUCUUUUGCACCCACACCAAACAGUCACGGUAUCUUCUGACCUUUAUGAUGUUGUACUUUUAAAAUCCAUGACUUCAUUUUGUGACAACCUCAUCAGAACUCCAGACCAAUGGUUUCUGAAUCACACACUGAAAAUAAAACUCCACAACGACUCCUCUUAUCUCCAUUUUCCAAGCGUGUGUGUGAUAAACCUCAUGUUUUCACAUGGAUGCUCAACUGUCAUUUUCCAUUAUUUCCAUACUUGUUUUUAUUGUGUUUGUGUUAAAAGUUGUUGCUCUGCUUUUGACUCUUUGUCCCCAAAUGACAAACUGGCCUUUGUGAAAUUCCUACCAUGUGGGUAUCUGAUGCAGACUGGUGUGACAUUGUUUUUUUAUUGUCUUAACAGUGCUUGAAAUAAAUGCAUUGCAAAGGGACUACGAGGUCCAGGACUACAAA